AUGGGCCAGACCUCGGUCUCCACGCUGUCCCCGCAGCCCAGCAGCGUUGAUGGACUGGACAAAGCUUCUCUAGCAAAUUCAGAUGGCCCAACAGCAGGCUCACAAACACCUCCCUUCAAGAGAAAGGGGAAACUCUCCACCAUCGGUAAAAUCUUUAAACCUUGGAAAUGGAGGAAAAAGAAGACCAGUGACAAAUUUAGAGAAACCUCAGCAGUAUUAGAAAGGAAGAUAUCCACAAGACAAAGUAGAGAGGAGCUGAUAAGAAGGGGCGUUCUUAAGGAGUUGCCUGAUCAAGAUGGAGAUGUAACAGUUAACUUUGAAAAUUCAAACGGGCACAUGAUACCCAUCGGAGAGGAAUCUACCCGAGAGGAAAAUAGAGUAAAAUCUGAAGAAGGUAAUGGCUCUGUAGCUGAAAAGGCGCCACCUCUGGAGGAAAAGGCAGAAGAUAAGAAAGCUGGUUCCUCUCAUUCAAAAAAAACAACUGGGUCCAAAGCAUCAGCUUCACCAUCUACUUCCUCCACUUUGUCUCGUCCCAAAGCUUCAAAGGAGACACUUUCUAGCAAAACAGGGACAGUGGGAAUCACAAAGGGCAAGAAAAAAACUGGCAAGCAGCCAACCUCUCGAUUGUCCUCGGAUGCAACCACGUCUGGCAUGUGCGACCUUAAAGGAGAACCUUCUGAGAUGAGGGUGGAGAGUCUCAAACCUGAGCAGACUGUCCCCGGGACCGAGGAGCAGACCACAGGCAAAUCUAAGUCUGCAGUCCCCUCACCUCCUGUGGCUCCACCACCUUCUCCCCCCGCCCCUCCUCUUCCUCAUGAGGAGCAGUGCACUGUUGCCUCAGACACUCCUGUUGUCCUGGUCAGUGAUGGAGCUGACGUGCCCGUCCCUGCCUUAGACCCAAGUCAGCUUCUCUGGACCGAAGAGCCCACCAACAGAACCACUGUCUUCUCAGGCCCUGGCUUAAGUGUUAGCAGAGAAAAUGCAAAAUGUUUUACAACCAAAGAUGAGCCGGGAAAGGUAGCCCCUCAGCUGCUGACUCCUGGGCUGUUGGGAGAAUCUUCAGAAUCCUUCAGUGCCCCUGAGGACGAAGGCCAAAGGGAGUACCAGACCAAUGACUCAGACUCUGAUGGGCCUGUCUUGUACACUGAUGACGACGACGAUGAAGAGGAUGAGGACGAGGACGGCAGUGGAGAAAGUGCUUUGGCAAGUAAAAUACGACGGAGGGAUACUCUUGCUAUCAAACUUGGCAACAGACCGUCAAAAAAGGAACUAGAGGACAAAAACAUCUUGCAGCGAACAUCUGAAGAGGAGCGGCAGGAGAUCCGACAGCAGAUUGGAACCAAGCUCGUCAGGAGGCUUAGCCAGAGGCCCACGACUGAAGAGUUAGAACAAAGAAAUAUCCUAAAACAAAAGAAUGAAGAAGAAGAACAAGAAGCAAAAAUGGAACUUAAGCGCAGACUCAGCAGAAAGCUCAGCCUGAGACCCACGGUGGCAGAGCUACAAGCUCGAAGGAUCCUGCGGUUUAAUGAGUAUGUAGAAGUCACUGAUUCUCCCGACUACGAUCGCCGGGCAGACAAGCCCUGGGCCAGGUUAACACCUGCAGACAAGGCAGCAAUAAGGAAAGAACUAAAUGAAUUUAAAAGCACAGAAAUGGAAGUUCAUGAAGAGAGUCGACAGUUUACAAGGUAG